GGGGCUCCGAGGGCCUGGAGCACGGCCGGGUCUAAUAUGCCCGGAGCCGAGGCGCGAUGAAGGAGAAGUCCAAGAAUGCGGCCAAGACCAGGAGGGAGAAGGAAAAUGGCGAGUUUUAUGAGCUGGCUAAGCUGCUCCCGCUGCCGUCGGCCAUCACCUCGCAGCUGGACAAGGCGUCUAUCAUCCGACUCACCACCAGCUACUUGAAGAUGCGGGCCGUCUUCCCCGAAGGUUUAGGAGACGCGUGGGGACAGCCAAGCCGCGCGGGGCCCCUGGACAGCGUCGCCAAGGAGCUGGGAUCGCACUUGCUUCAGACUUUGGAUGGAUUUGUUUUCGUGGUAGCAUCUGAUGGCAAAAUCAUGUAUAUAUCGGAAACAGCUUCUGUGCAUUUGGGCUUGUCACAGGUGGAGCUCACCGGCAACAGUAUUUAUGAGUACAUCCACCCUUCCGACCACGACGAGAUGACGGCCGUGCUUGCGGCCCACCAGCCCCUUCACCAUCACCUGCUCCAAGAGUAUGAGAUAGAGAGGUCAUUCUUUCUGCGGAUGAAAUGUGUCUUGGCGAAAAGAAACGCGGGCCUGACAUGCAGUGGAUACAAGGUCAUCCACUGCAGCGGCUACUUGAAGAUCAGGCAGUAUAUGCUGGACAUGUCCCUGUAUGACUCGUGCUACCAGAUCGUGGGGCUGGUGGCCGUGGGCCAGUCGCUGCCACCCAGUGCCAUCACAGAGAUCAAGCUGCAUAGUAACAUGUUCAUGUUCAGGGCCAGCCUCGACCUGAAGCUGAUCUUCCUGGAUUCCAGGGUGACCGAGCUGACUGGGUAUGAGCCGCAGGACCUGAUCGAGAAGACCCUCUACCAUCACGUGCACGGCUGUGACGUCUUCCACCUCCGCUAUGCACACCACCUCCUGCUGGUGAAGGGCCAGGUCACUACCAAGUACUACCGGCUGCUGUCCAAGCUGGGCGGCUGGGUGUGGGUGCAGAGCUACGCCACCGUCGUGCACAACAGCCGCUCGUCCCGGCCACACUGCAUCGUGAGUGUCAAUUAUGUCCUCACGGAUAUCGAAUACAAGGAACUGCAGCUGUCCCUGGACCAGGUAUCUACGUCCAAGUGCCAGGACUCCUGGAGGACUGCCUUGUCUACCUCACAAGAAACUAGGAAAUUAGCUAAACCCAAAAAUACAAAGAUGAAGACAAAGCUGAGAACAAACCCUUACCCCCUACAGCAAUACAGCUCGUUCCAAAUGGACAAACUGGAAUGCAGCCAGCUGGGAAACUGGAGAGCCAGCCCCCCGGCGAACGCCCCGGCACCCCCAGAACAGCAGCUCCAUUCAGAAAGCAGUGACCUUUUGUACGCCCCGUCCUACAGCCUGCCCUUCUCCUACCAUUAUGGACACUUCCCUCUGGACUCUCACGUCUUCAGCAGCAAAAAACCAAUGUUGCCGGCCAAAUUUGGGCAGCCCCAAGGAUCCCCGUGUGAGGUGGCACGCUUUUUCCUGAGCACCCUGCCAGCCAGUGGUGAAUGCCAGUGGCAUUACGCCAACCCCCUAGUGCCUAGCAGCCCGUCUCCAGCUAAAAACCUUUCCGAGCCGCCGGUGAACACUGCUCGGCAGAGCCUCGUGCCAAACUACGAAGCGCCCGCCGCCGCGCGCAGGUUCGGCGAGGACACCGCGCCGCCGCCGCCGCCGCCUCCACCGAGCUUCCCGAGCUGCGGCCACUACCGCGAGGAGCCCGCGCUGGGCCCGGCCAAAGCCGCCCGCCAGGCCGCCCGGGACGGGGCGCGGCUGGCGCUGGCCCGCGCGGCGCCCGAGUGUUGUGCGCCGCCGGCCCCCGAGCCCCCGGGCGCGCCUGCGCAGCUGCCCUUCGUGCUGCUCAACUACCACCGCGUGCUCGCCCGGCGCGGGCCAACAUUCGCGAACGCCAAGUAA